UGCGUAUGUUUGUGGGUUAUGUGUUUGCUAGUGCGCGCGCUUCUUGCAGCGCCCAGACUCGGCUUUCACUCCUUCUUCCAGCGGAGUCUCCCUUUCCUCCCCACCCCAAGCCCCCCUGCGCCCCGAGGGUCCCCGGCCCCCUCCCUCUGCGGUGCGCCGGGGUUACACCUUUGAAACUGUACCGCGGCUCCACUUGAGCUGAGUGGCCGUUUGAAGAUUGUGGCGGCUAGGCUAGGGAGAGUCGGGAGGGACGGGGUAGGAGGAGUCAGGGCUGAUAUUUGUGCCUUUAGAUUGAUGGAUGACUGCUGGAUGUGAGUGUGUGUAUGCGCGCGAGAGGGUGUGAGUGUGAGCGUGUGUGUGUGUGUGUGUGUGUGUGUGUGUGUGAGUGCUCGCGGCUUUCCCAUUUUCCUCUUCGCAGCAAUCAGGGAGGGAGGGAGAGAGGGAGACAGAGAGAGGAGGGAGGGAGGGAGGGAGGGAGGGAAAGAGAGGGAGAGAAAUAGGAGAGGGAGAUAAGCUCACUCUAGAGGAGAACUCCAUCCAUCCAGAGAGGCAGUGGAAUAGCUAGCUACUGGAAGAGGAAGGUGCUUUGCAUCCAGAAAGACACUUCUGAAGCAUCAGAAGAAAGAAGCUUUUUCUCAAACCCUCUUCCCCCCAAUCCCCCCACCCCCCUUGAUUUUACCUGGGAUUGCACACAAACCUGUGUGGUGCCUGGAGCCAAGCCUAGGACUGUAAUGGUCAAAGGAUCCAGUCUUCUGGCACUGAAACAGGACUGUCUGUGGGUAUCAUGGCUCUGAAACACAGGGCUGGCCACUCUGCAUGGCUCCGGCCAGAGGUCUGGCUCUUGGUGUGGAAUGCCCUGUGCCAGCUAUGUGCCCGUGGUUGCCCAGCUCUCUGCACCUGCACAGGGACGACUGUGGAUUGCCAUGGCAUGGGGCUCAGAGCCGUUCCCAAAAACAUCCCGCGUAACACUGAGAGACUGGAACUCAACGGUAACAACAUCACUCGGAUCCACAAGAAUGACUUUGCAGGGCUGAAGCAGCUGCGCGUGUUACAACUGAUGGAAAAUCAGAUUGGAGCAGUGGAGCGAGGAGCUUUUGAUGACAUGAGGGAGCUGGAGAGACUACGACUGAACCGGAACCAUCUGCACUUGUUACCAGAAUUACUGUUCCAGAAUAACCAGGCACUCUCAAGACUGGAUCUGAGUGAGAAUUCCAUUCAGGCCAUCCCCAGGAAAGCAUUUCGUGGAGCCACGGAUCUAAAAAACCUACAGCUGGAUAAGAACCAGAUAAGCUGCAUUGAGGAUGGGGCUUUCCGAGCUCUACGGGGACUAGAGGUGCUGACACUGAAUAACAACAACAUCACCACCAUUCCCGUCUCCAGCUUCAACCACAUGCCCAAGCUCCGCACUUUCCGUUUGCACUCCAACCACCUUUUCUGUGAUUGCCACCUGGCCUGGCUGUCUCAAUGGCUGAGGCAACGUCCCAGCAUUGGACUCUUCACACAGUGUGCAGGACCUGCCUCCCUUCGAAGCCUCAAUGUGGCUGAGGUCCAGAAGAAUGAGUUUAGCUGCUCAGGUCCAGGGGAGGCUACCCGGGCUCCUGUCUGCACCUUGUCCUCAGGCUCCUGCCCACCCAUGUGUGCCUGCAGCAAUGGGAUUGUGGACUGCCGUGGCAAAGGACUCACUGCUAUCCCGGCCAACCUGCCUGAGACCAUGACGGAGAUCCGUCUGGAGCUCAAUGGCAUCAAAUCAAUCCCCCCCGGAGCCUUCUCUCCCUACAGAAAGUUGAGGAGGAUAGACUUGAGCAACAACCAGAUCUCCGAGAUUGCCCCCGAUGCAUUCCAGGGUCUUCGCUCCCUGAACUCUCUUGUUCUAUAUGGAAACAAGAUCACAGACCUUCCCAGGGGUGUGUUUGGAGGUCUCUACACACUGCAGCUGCUCCUUCUCAAUGCCAACAAGAUCAACUGUGUCCGAGCUGAUGCCUUCCAAGAUCUCCAAAACCUCUCCCUGCUCUCACUCUAUGACAACAAGAUCCAGAGCCUGGCCAAGGGGACCUUCACCUCUCUCCGAGCCAUCCAGACCCUACACCUGGCUCAAAAUCCAUUCAUCUGUGACUGCAACCUGAAGUGGCUGGCUGACUUCUUACGCACUAACCCCAUUGAGACUAGCGGAGCCCGCUGUGCUAGUCCUCGUCGCCUCGCCAACAAGCGCAUAGGGCAGAUAAAAAGCAAGAAAUUCCGGUGCUCAGGUAACUGUCCAUCUCCCUCUUUCUCAGGGAUGAAGAAAUGGGAGCCAGUGCUAUCUGGGAAGUUUAAGACUCAGGAGUUAAUAGAAACAAGCCCAUGAACCAGAAUGCCCAUCAGAUUUCUUUGUGUGGUUUUUUGGUAUCUCUUAGAAGACCUGAGAACCUACUGUUCGGGGAGAUCAGAGCUUCCUCUAAUUCUUUGACUAGCUAGAAUGCUUUAU